CGAAAAUGAAAGUAGAAAAUGACGCGUCACAAUAUUUACAUAGGUAGCACGUAUACGUGUUCACGUGGGCUUUAAUUUUGUUGAAUUACAAAUAGCAGAUGUUUCUGAGUAAUUAAGAGUUAAUGACUGAAGCUCUGUCGUGUGAGCUUUGAUGGAGGUUCUUUCUGUCCUAGGAUGGAUGUGUACAUUCUCCUCCAUAGCUGUGCAAUUUGUGGGCCUUGAAAUAUGUUUCAAAAUCUGGAAGAAGGGAACAACUGGAGACAUAUCACCUGCUCCUUUUGCAGCCAAUCUUAUUGCGGCCUGCCUGUGGGUGAAGUAUGGAUUGAUGACCACAAUUCAGUCUGUGAUAAUUGUUAACAGUAUCGGUGCUCUCCUGUCCCUGUUAUAUGUCAUCUUCUUCUAUGUGUACUCCAUCAGAAAGACUUUGAUUGGCCGGUUUAUAGCAUGUAGUUGCCUAGCAAUAUGCCUACCUUAUGUGUACAUUGGAAUGUAUAUAGAGGACGUACAGCUGGCCGUAGCCCACCUGGGCAAGAUGUGCGUUAUCAUGACGGUUGUCAGCUACGCAGCCCCUCUUGCUUCUCUUUUUGAUGUGUUCAGAAGUCGUAGUACAGAUGUCAUGUCUUUCCCCUUGGUGCUAGCUUACUUCAUUGUCUCCAUUGAAUGGUUCAUCUAUGGUUCUCUUCUUGAAGAUCAGUAUGUACAGAUGCCUAAUCUGAUAGGGAUAGCUCUAGGACUUCUCCAACUGGGAUUGUUUGUUGUUUAUCCAAAAUCCAAGGCAGCAUUGCCACAAUCAACCAAUGAAACAUUGUAACUAACAGUGUUUGCAGAUAUUCAGCCAAUCAAAUUAAAGCUAUACAGUUACAUCAAAUGCUGAUUGGUGCAUAUUCUACAUCCUGCAAAUGAGAGCUGUCUUACAAAUCUGUGAUAUUAGAAGCCAUCAUGCAUGAGAUAUACUUACGGAAGAAAAAAAUAUUUUAAUACAAGCUUUAAUUGACUUGUAAAGAAAAUAUACUAAAGGAAUAUCGUAGUUUUUUUUUUUUUUUUCAAAUGCUAUACUUUUAUCAAAGUAUUGAAAGAACUGAAAGCCGGGCUUUA